AGCAGCAAUCACAAACUGUGAAGUGGACAGUCAGGCUGCUUCAUGCCAUUGAUCCCAGUGCUCGAAUAAACACUUGUGGUGGUCUCUCACACCGACCGAGCUUAAAGAUAUACUUGUAAAUAAAUAAAGAAAUGGGUGAGACAUUUUCUCCGGGACCAGUUACCCUUUGAGUCGGGAAGGAUCAUCAAUUAUUGACAGCACACACAGUGAGGGUGAGAAGAUAGACAGCAGGGGAGGGUGAAGUCAGGAGAGGGAGAGAGAGAGGAAGACAAAAAGAAAGAGAUAGAGGAGGUGUGCACAUUUAAAUGGUGUGUCACAUGACGCAAAUUACAUUAUUUCUAUUAACUGUAACUCUUAAUUCAAUAAUGUUUGUUCUGUUGGUAGAGGAGGUAUUCAGAAUAUGUAUUUGUCAAACUGCUAAAAGUGAAAUUAUAGUUAAGGGUGAAAGUAAAAAUUCCCCAGUUUCAGCCCUUCAUGCAACCUUUUAAAAAAGCUAUUUACUAAUUGGAAAAAGUACUCAAGUUCUCAAGCAAAAGUAAAAAUUACACAAUGUAAAAUACUCCAUUACAAGUAACAGUCCUUCAGUUAAAAUCCUACUUGUGUAAAAGUGGGUUAUGUAGGUAUUACUGGCAAGCUGUUCUUAAACUAACAAAGUAAACAUAAGAGUUUUAGAUGAAGAAAUAAUGUAAAAUCUUUAUCUGAAGAAUCACUACAGUGGUCCAAUAAAUGUAGGGAAAUAAAAAGUAUAAUUCAUUCCUCUUAAAUAUAGUGGAAUACUCAAGUGAAAUAUUUGAGUAAAUAUUCUUAGUUUCUUCCAACCACGGAUUUUGAAAAAUCCUUCUAAGUUUAAGAGAGCUGCAGAGGUCUCUAAAUCUGGUUAAGUUUGCGAUUACUGCAGAACAGAGAUAGAUGAAAGUAGCUUCUAACACAUGCUUUGGAAUAACUCUAUAAUUCUGUAUAUUUUUGGUGAUGAAUGAUACCUCUGGGGCAGUGAACAUAAUUCAGAAUGAGGUAGCUGUGUUGCUCACCAGUUACAGGCUUUCUUUCUCUUGCAGUCAUUUUGGACUAAAUUCCCCUUGAUAUUUUAUCUGUUGUACCCCCUGACCCACCCUACUCAAGUUCAGUUUACUUUUCGUUUCCAUUUCCUAUAAUUUGUUCCUAUUCAUGUUUGUUUAUUGGUAAUUUUGCAGGUUUGUUUGCAGGAGAUUCCAGGCACACAAGUUACAGUUUUUCUGAUUUAAAAUAAUUAUUUUAUUUUUCAGAAUAACACAGAACACAUGAACAACAGCAGAAUUGGUUAUUAUGUUGUAGGAUUAUCAUUGUAAUGAAGAAUUUUAAUGUGGUUGAGAUGGAAGUUUUUUGUAACUACUUUAUACAAGUUAUUGUUGGGUAUUUUUGUUUGUAACAACAUAACAAACGAUUAAUCAAUCAAUACAUACACAUACACACAGCAUAUUGUUUGUAUUAGAAAUAUAAAUCAGCACAAAAUAGAAAUACUGAAGUAAAUAGAACUACCCCAAAGUUUGACUUAAGUGGGUGUCUCUCUACUGUUAAUUACACAUCUUAAUUAAACGUUUUGCGUAUUUGAGCUAUGAUCACGCCUUUUAUCAUGAAUGGAAAUUAUUUUAUUUUGAAUCCCACUCCAUUUCCUUCUCAUCCUCGUCUUGUUAGAUGGCUCACUAUUAGAGAGCUGUUUGUGUCUGUCUUCAAAGCGCUCCUUAUCAAUUGGUCAAUUAUUCACAGAAACCAGAUUCAAAUUUUAAAAAAUGAACUUGUCUCCACUGUUUUACAGUAGUUUUACAGCCUGUUAAAAGGCAGCCGAUUGGCUGCUCGAAACGUCACUCAAAGCGUAUUGUUCUGUCAUUGGUCCCGACCCAAAACGGCUUUGGAGCGCCGCCUCCUUUGAUUUCAGUCCUUAACACCCGCGGAAGUUGGUUUGCGAAGUGAAGAUGGGAUGUAGUCAGCUUGCGUGAAACUGUGUGAAACACGUCGACAUUUUGCUGUAGUUACGCUGGACAAUUUCGUACUCACUUGCAGAAGGAGAAGAACGUGUGCCGGCGCAAAAUGUUGGAGUGUGGCAUGCUGGAGCGGGACAGACAGACUCUUCGGAUACGCUCUAAGGUUCUCUGCAAACAGCUGGUGGUGGAUGAGAUGCUCAUUCAGUCACUGCAAGCAGACGACAUCCUAACCGAGAGCAUGGCAGAGAGCAUCAUGGCUGAGCAAACGUCUCAGAAACGAAGCUGGCGUUUGCUACUACUCUUACCAAAGCGAGGACCCAAAGCCUUUAACAGCUUCUGCACAGCUCUCCAGGAAACUGAGCAGCAGCAUCUGUAUGAUCUGCUCACACAGUCACCAGAAAAAGACGGCAAAGAGACACAUUCAGAGAGUAUUCAGCCUGAGGAAGAGCCAGAGGGUAAGGCAGGGGGACUGGUCAUGCAGACAACAGAGAAGAAAAGAGAGAGGUUUUUGGACUCUUCUCUCCCAUUUCCCACCCAGGAGGGUAUUGCAACCAAGAGAGCAAGGACACAUGAGUCCAUGGAGUGUAGUCUGGAUGCAGACAGUCCCAUCAGCACUCCCGUGCUCCCAUGCUCUCCUGACUUUUAUGUCUCUCACUGCCAGCAGUCUUACAGAAUGAAUUCAUCCCCACGGGGCUAUGCUUUGGUGAUCAGUAACGUGACCUUUGACUCUUGUGCUGCCGCCGAUCUUGACACCAGGAAGGGAGGUGAAGUUGAUGAUGAGGUCCUCAGGAAGGUCUUCACAGAGCUGGACUACCCGGUUACUCUCCACAGAGACCUCACUGCUCAGGAUAUGAGGACGUCUAUUGAGAAUUUUUGCCGGCGACCAGACCACCGGACAGUGGACAGCUGUGUGGUGUGUCUGCUCUCUCAUGGAGUGGAAGGAGCUGUGUAUGGCACAGAUGGACAGCUCCUGCAGCUGGACUGGGUGUUUGAGGCCUUUGAUAAUGCGCACUGUCCACUGCUACAAAAUAAACCGAAGAUGUUUUUCAUCCAGGCCUGCAGAGGAGACAUGAUGGACUGUGGAGUGGAGCAGAUAGAUGGACCAGCGAGGACCUGCUCACCAAGCUGCGAACAGCGAGAUGCUGGUCGGGAAGGACAGGGGGAUGCAGACUCCAGACAGAGAGGGGACAUGGGGAGGCCCAGGAUUAAACUGCCCCAACGGUCUGACAUGAUCUGCGGCUUUGCAUCUCUCAAAGGUCAGAAAAUUUGCACAGCUGCCAUGCGAAACACCAAGAGAGGAUCCUGGUUCAUCCAGGAACUUAACACAACACUCCGCCUCCAUGCCAGGGACACACAUCUUGCAGAUAUCCUGGUUCAGGUCAAUGCGCGUAUCAAGGAGAGGGAGGGUUACGCCCCGGGCACCGCCCACCAUCGCUGCAAAGAGAUGUCAGAGUUCACCAGCUCGUUGUGCAAAGACCUCUACCUGUUCCCCAAGUACCAGCCCCAGUAUUGAUAUACAGUACAGUAUGCAAAGAUCAACAUGCAGUGCCUAACGCACACAGGCCAUUCCUUGCUUUGAAGCCUCUCAAUAAGGGCACACAACUGUUCAUUCCACAACAGUUACUGCCACACACUCACACAUUCCUCAACUACAACUUCUCAUCCAAGGAUUUAUUCAUUCAUAUUUUCUGUGUAAAUACUGCCUUCCCAAACACACACAUACACUCAAACGAACCUUGGAAAGGAAAAAGGAGCAGGCUUAUAUUAAUCUACAUGUACUUGGAAAUGAGCAACAUAUUACCAUACAACUUACUUGUUUGUCUGUGUGUCUGUGUCUAUGCCAGUUAGAGGGUUUAGAUUUUAAUCCUUUUUAGUCAAAGACGAAUUUAUUUUUUUGUUUUCUCACUGCACAGCUACGUUGAGGUUUCACAAGUCUCUCUUUUUAAACUAUUUUGUACACAGAUCUAUUUUUGUGCCUUUAUUUUGUAUGAAAUUGUUUUUAUAAGGAUUUUUAAUCCCAUUCUCUUUUAUUUGUAAAAAUUACCAUUUCUUAUUUUAAUGAAGUGACAGGCAGGGGGCAGCACAGCUGAGGGAAAAUGCAUUUCAUCAUCUCUCUUUCAUCAAUAUUUUUUCUGUCUCCUGCAGCUCUAAAUAAUCAUUACUGUUAAAACAGCAGACAGGCUUUAUUUCAGUGACAAUCAGCCACAAGUGAGGGUUAAACAGUGAAGUCAUAUCCUCACAUAGUUUACCUUAUGAAGAGAAACACACCUAUAGGGCAGCUUCAAAACAAAUUGUUGAUCACAUUGUUUUUUUUGUGGAUGAUUAAUCAGCAAAAAUUCUACUUUUCAACCUAAAGUUUGAUGAAUGCACCAGCUGAAACCCUGCAAAAUUCUCUGUUACUGUCCCUGUCUGGGUGGCGGGCUGCCAGGGGAAUGUGGUGCUACUUGUGAGGUCAUACACCUACUGUAUGAACUUUGACCUUUAUGCUAACUCUGACUCCUGAUGGUGUUUCCCCCUAUGCGAGCACUGUGCACUUAGUCCCCCUUACUGUAUUUUGGUGUUAUUUUACUUUAUCUGAUACACUAAGGACAAACCAUGUAUUUCCUAUGUCUUCCACAGUUCCACAACAGUUUUCUACAGUCGCCUGUACCAUGUGAGGAUGAUCUGUUAGACAAAGUUAUGACUAUGGUGCUUUCACAGUGUAUUGUAUCACUUUGGCACCCCCACUCGCCGAGGAAAUCUAUUUCUCAAGGCUGUGUGAGCAUUGAUGUUUCCCAGAAAAGGCCUGGCCAAGCGAAGUGUGUUUAGUUACAACAGUGUUGUAGUGAAGAAAACAGAAUAUAUGGUCGAAGCAGUAUUGAUUGUCAACCAUCUGUAAACAAAGAUGCUUUUAAGCAGUGUGUGAGGUGCCUGUGAUAGAGUUUACCCUGGUCUGGAAUGUGCUCACUCCUCUUAUGUUUUGGUUUUUAUCAUUAGGGACUAUAAUUUUAAAAAGAAAACAGAUUGGAGUAGUAUGAAAGGGUAACUCUCCUGCAGAGUGAGAAGUUCUGAAGGUUGAUAUUUGCUGCCAAGUUCCGCUGAGGUACAGUUUGGGUGACCGGGUGAAAUUUUUAUUUCUGUCAACACCAGUGACUGCCAAAUGUUCUAUACAAUAAACAGGCCAUGGUUUUUGAACAUGA